AUGAAUGCCAGCGAUCCUGUCGAUGUGGCUGAGGUUGCUAAGUCCAAGGCAGUCUCACACACCAUCGGUAUCAACGAGAAGGGCCCAGUGGUUGAUGAGUUGACCAUCGACAAUGCCCCUCUGCGAGAUGCGUCAAUCGAAGGCGACUAUUCUCUGGAUAAAACCUCUCCUACAGAUGAGGAACUAGCCACUUUGCGCCGUGUUGCCGGCAAACUACCCAUGGCAGCAUACAGUGUUGCCUUUGUGGAACUGUGCGAACGUUUCUCGUACUACGGUACCACUGCUGUUUUCGUCAACUUCAUUCAACGACCUUUGCCCACGGGAUCCACCACCGGUGCCCUAGUCCCAGGUGUCUCCAACUGGAGCAAUGAUUCACCCGGAGCUCUGGGAAUGGGCCAACAGGCCUCGACCGGAUUGACAUUAUUCAACUCGUUCUGGUCCUACGUUAUGCCCCUCUUCGGUGCCAUGGUGGCUGAUCAAUAUUGGGGUCGUUACCGUACCAUCCUGUCCGCGAUUGCCUGCGCACUUCUUGGACACACCAUUCUCAUCAUUUCCGCCAUUCCCAACGUGAUUGCAAGCCCCAAUGGAGCCAUUGCAUGCUUUUCAAUUGGUCUUAUUAUCAUGGGUGUAGGAACGGGUGGUUUCAAGUCCAACAUCUCCCCCCUGAUCGCCGAACAAUAUCGCGAAGACAAACCCUAUGUCACGACACUUGCUACCGGUGAGCGUGUCAUCAUUGACCCGUCCGCCACCGUUUCCCGUAUCUAUCUGUACUUCUACAUGAUGAUCAACAUCGGUUCUUUCGUGGGUCAGGUCGCCAUGGUCUACGCCGAGCGAUAUGUUGGUUUCUGGCUCUCUUACCUUCUCCCCACUGCCAUGUUCUGCGUGUGUCCUGCGGUGUUGAUCAUAUGCAAGAAGCACUAUAUCCUCACCCCGCCCAGUGGAUCAAUCUACCCCAAAGCUUUCAAGGUGUGGAAAUUGGCAAUGAAGGGCCACUGGACCCUGAACCCCGUGCGAUGGUUCCGGAACUCUGAUACCGAUAUGUGGGCCGCCGCCAAGCCCAGCAACUUUGGGGCCAACAAGCCCGCGUGGAUGGACUUUGAUGAUGCGUGGGUUGAUGAAGUUCGACGAGGACUGCUCGCCUGCAGAGUGUUUUUGUGGUACCCUCUUUACUGGCUCGCUUAUAACCAGAUGAUGAACAACCUGACGUCUCAAGCGGCCACCAUGAAACUUGGAGGAGUGCCCAACGACAUCAUCAACAACCUCAACCCCAUUUCACUGAUCAUCUUCAUUCCCAUCUUCGACCAGCUCGUUUACCCUGGUCUACGCAAGAUGGGGUUCAACUUCACUCCCUUGAAGCGUAUCACGGCCGGUUUUAUCGUGGCCUCCCUCAGUAUGGUCGUUGCUGCGGUCACCCAAUACUACAUCUACAAGCUGGGACCCUGCGGUAACGAGGCCAACUACUGCCUGGAGGUGAAACACGAAUACACCAACAUCUCCGUUUGGGUUCAGGCCCUGACCUACAUCAUGGGUGGUAUUUCCGAGAUCCUUGCAUCCGUGACUUCGCUUGAGUAUGCCUACACCAAGGCCCCAAAGAACAUGCGAUCCCUCGUGCAGGCCGUGUCCCUCCUGAUGAACGCCUUCUCGUCUGCGAUUGGUCAGGCUUUCAUUGGUCUGGCUGUGGAUCCUCUCUUGACUUGGAACUACACCGUGGUUGCCAUCCUCGCCUUCGUGGGCGGUAUUGGAUUCUGGGCCACCAAUUACAAAUUGGACGCAGAGGAGGACAGCAUGAACAUGUUGCCAGAUAGCGAAUUCACUCCCCACACGGUUGUGGAUGAGGAACGGAAGUGA